UGGUGUAUGUAUAGUUAUCUAUGACUGAGCGCGCCGGUUGUGCGCGUAAUCAAAACAAAACAGUACCCUUGGUUGAAAUGAUAGGAACAAUUUUUUAACUUGCAUUAAAAUGAGUUGACGGUUACUUAAAUAUUGUGUGUUUGAAUCAUAGCACACAUUUAAUUUUUAUAGUCAGUAUGGCCGGAAACUUUUGGCAGAGCUCACACCAUCAGCAGUGGUUGUUGGACAGGCAGGACCUGAUACGCGAGCGACAUCAAGACCUGUCCGUCCUCACCGAGGAUGAGUACCAGAAAAUAUUCAUAUUUUUUUCCAACCUGAUCCAGAUCCUGGGGGAGCAGCUGAAGCUGCGGCAGCAGGUGAUUGCCACGGCGACGGUGUUCUUCAAGCGCUUCUACGCCCGCAACUCGCUCAAGUGCAUCGACCCGCUGCUGCUGGCGCCCACCUGCGUCUUCCUCGCCUCCAAGGUCGAGGAGUUCGGGGUCAUCUCCAACAGCCGGCUCAUCACCACCUGCCAGACCGUCGUGAAGAACAAGUUUGGGUACGCGUACAGCCAGGAGUUCCCGUACCGCACCAACCACAUCCUGGAGUGCGAGUUCUACCUGCUGGAGAACCUGGACUGCUGCCUGAUCGUGUACCAGCCGUACCGGCCGCUGCUGCAGCUGGUGCAGGACAUCGGCGGGCAGGAGGACCAGCUGCUGGCGCUGGCCUGGCGCGUCGUCAACGACAGCCUGCGCACCGACGUCAGCCUGCUCUACCCGCCGUACCAGAUCGCGCUCGGCUGCCUGCAGAUCGCGUGCGUGAUCCUGCAGAAGGACCUCAAGUCCUGGUUCGCAGAGCUCAACGUCGACCUGGAGAAGGUGCAGGAGAUAGCGAGGUACGUCAUCAAGCUGUUCGAGCUGUGGAAGAAGUACGACGAGAAGAAGGAGAUCCAGGUGCUGCUGGGGAAGAUGCCCAAACCAAAGACCCAGCAGGCCCGGUGAAACCCCGGGGAGCGAGAACCGUGAUCGUCCAAUCCCGACUGUGAUCCUGCGAAUUCAACCUUUUCGUUCUACCGUGUUUGACGACUGACGGCGUGUGUUUGAAAUAUAUGUGUUGCUGUCGGAA